GUAUCGAACUUUAAAAAGAAAAACCCGACAGCCCACAGUCCACGAAAAACGGAAAAAAAAGAAAAAUAACUGUCAUCGGAUAUUUCCGGACAUCGGUCGAAGCGGAAAAAAGAAAACGAAGUUCGAGAAAGGUGUGGCUGAUUUCCCGCGAAAAGCCCGAGCGAAGCAAAGUUCCCGGUCCCCGGUUUCAAGGUAUUUUUCGAGCUAAGCCGAUUUGCGAUCAUGGGUGGCAAAACCAAGGAGGAGAUUGUGCAACGACCGGAGAGCACCGAGCAAAAUCAUACCGACCAGGACGGUAUCGUCGAUCCGGAAUGCCUCAUCAAGCAUACGCUGCAAUUCCAGUGGACGCUCUGGUAUCCGGAACCGGAUAAAAACAAGUCGUGGGGAGACAAGCUGAACGAGGUGGCCACCGUCGGUGUCGUUGAGGACUUCUGGAGAUUAUACAACCACAUCAAGAGCCCGUCGGACCUGAAGACCGAGUGCGAUUGUUCGCUGUUCGAGCAGGGCAUCCGCCCCAUGUGGGACGACGAGAAGAAUUUCCGCGGCGGCCGGUGGGUGAUCAACGUGCCCCGGCAGCAGCACCACGAAUUGGACAAAUAUUGGCUGGAUACGAUAUUGUGUCGGAUUGGCGAGGUUUUCGAUAAUCCUGAAGAAAUUUGCGGUGCCGUCGUGAACAUUCGACAGAAGACGGAUGAAAUUGCGAUUUGGACCUCCACCGUCAUGAACCGGGACGCGCCGAUGCCGGAGAAGCCUCCACGAAAAACGGAAAAAAAAGAAAAAUAACUGUCAUCGGAUAUUUCCGGACAUCGGUCGAAGCGGAAAAAAGAAAACGAAGUUCGAGAAAGGUGUGGCUGAUUUCCCGCGAAAAGCCCGAGCGAAGCAAAGUUCCCGGUCCCCGGUUUCAAGGUAUUUUU